UACAAAACCAAACUGAAACGAGGCAAAAAUAAAACGGAACGUUCUCGCGGAAAAAAUUACGUCCACAGUUCACAUGAUGCAUUUCAAUGCAUUWCUAUGACACUGUGGCGUCAAUAAUUUUAUCAUAGUGUAAUAUUAUCGUCGUCGUUGUCGUUGUAAAUAAUAAUACGCGACUAUUACGGUUAUUUAUAAAUAUCUAAUUUAUCCAAAUCGACGUGCGUACAUCCGGUUAUUUUUUUUAUCGUUCUUGCAAUAUUCCGCAUUUAGUCGUGUCUACAAGACGGACGGACGACGCGCGCAGAAUCACCCCGUGUGAUUUUAUUGUGAUUUUCGCCGGCGACCGUACCGCGUGCGAAAACCGCCUUUAAUAGCGGCGGCGGCAACGACGACAACGACGACGCGACAGGACGAGAUCAGAACUCAACGGUGGCACACUCUCAUCGACAACACCCCGACAGACUGGCACCGCAUAUGAUGUCCUCCGCCCGCAACUACGUGAAACAUUCCGUUCGGCAUUUUGGCGAACCAAUUAAAAUUAACAAGUGUCUUGUGUAAUGGAAAAAUGAUGCUUGGGGGAUGGGGUCGAAGUCCUGGGAGCAGUGGAUCCGUCCCGCCGUCAGGACAACGUACCGGUCACCGACUAUUGCCAUUGCCGUUCAACAGAACUGGAGGCGGCAAUGGAAGCGGCGGAAGCGGUGGUAGAGCGGCCGAAGCUGAAGAUGUCAUGGGGCAUUAUGGACGAACUAAGGGCGGAGUAAAUAAAAUAAGAACUGGAUUGUAUUAUUCUCCACCCGGUACAUCUUAUACCAUACUCGAAAAGCCUCCAGCAGCCUCACCACCACCUCCGCCACCAAGAGCAACAUAUCUACGAGAGUCGUCAGCUGGCGUAUCUGGACCAAAUCACCCAGGCACUGGUAGCAAUAGUAAUCGUUCUAAUAAUGCCGGUUCGCGUGGAAGUUCUGGAAAAAAGAGGCCUAUUUCUCCAGAACAAGUUCUUAAAAUGUUUGCAGCACCAAAUUACAACGCAUCUUCUUCGUAUCACGUGUCUAGCGCUAAACCACAAUCACCUCCACCUCAUGGUUCAAACGCCUCGCAACCACACAACAAUACAUCAUCUACAAUACAUAAUGAUAAUCUUACAGUACGUACGAUAUCGAUGUCAAGGCCAAAUGCGACGUCAGGAAGCCCGUCCAAUCAAGGAUUUGGUAUUUGUGUUAAAGGUGGAGCUGAUGAAUCAAAUGUUGGGGUGUAUAUAUCACGGGUAGAAGAAGGAAGUAUAGCCGAGAGUGUUGGUCUUAAGCCUGGAGAUUCUAUCUUAGAAGUAAAUGGCAGACCAUUUUCAACUAUAUCACACGAAGAAGCAUUAAAAAUUUUUAAGUCAUAUCGUCAAAUUACAAUGACAGUAAAAUGUCCAUCACCACCUCAAUCAAUGCCUACCAUGCACAAAAAGGACGACGAUGAGAACACUAAUCAAGACGAUGCCUGGAGAUUGUCCAGAACGUAUUCGUGGAUUAAUCGUAAGGGUCAACCAGUCUCACCUCCUUUAGAAUAUGCCAAACCCAUUUCUCCUUAUUCAAAAUGGUCCUAUACUCGAUCUUCUAAAGAUAAAAUAAGAAAAGUUGAAUUGGUGAUUGAACCUGGACAAAGUCUUGGUUUGAUGAUUAGGGGCGGAACUGAAUAUAAUUUAGGUAUUUUUAUCACUGGUAUUGAUAAAGACUCUGUUGCAGAUCGAUCUGGUCUUAUGAUUGGUGAUCAAAUUUUAGAAGUAAAUGGUCAAUCAUUUUUGAAUUUGUCACACGAUGAAGCAGUAAAUCAAUUAAAAUUUCAAAAGCAAAUGACACUUACUGUUAGAGACGUAGGUAAAGUUCCUCAUUCUUGCACAACAUACAAUCCAGAAACAAAUUGGAACCAUUCUAUGGACAAUGCAGACGGUGCUUUGAAGUUAGGGACAUCUGCUGCAUCUCAAAUGGUAGAGGAAAAAGCUCGAAUUUUGCUGACGAAAAAUGAAUUUAAUACUUUGCGGUAUUAUUUGGACGAGUAUUCAUGUUCUAGAAUGUCUAUUGACGCAUUUAUAACUAUACUUUUUGAAUUGCUCAAUACAACUGAUAAGUUUACGCUGUUGACGGAAUUGCGCGAACUAAUAGGUCCCUCGGAUCGAGACCGUUUUGAUCAAUUGGUAUAUAGAAGAGGACGGGAAUCCAGAAAAACACACUCCCGAAAACUUGAUGGUUUUAAUUCAAAUAUACCUGGAGGCCAAAGUAAAGGAUUUGAUUUUCCUAAUGAAAAUUCUGGGAUGGAUAUUGGGACUACCGAGUAUUCAAAUUCAAAUUAUAGGACUAGUAAUGAUAGAAAAUCUGAAGGAAAACAUUCUCCAAUGAAAACUGAUGAACAAUSUCAUAGAGAUAUGGAAGUGGAAGAAUUUGAAUUUAGCCAUCAAGAUUAUGGUGACUUGGAAACUGAGCUUUUACCAAGAAAAUAUCAUAACGAUUUGAUUGAUGUUGGUUAUACGCAUCGAAAUUCAGGCAUUUAUGAUGAAUCUAAUAUGACUAGGUCAUCGAGUGGAUACUUGGAGGGACUGCGAUCCCACUUAGGGGGAUGGACCCAAAAAUUGAAAUCCUGGUACUAUGGAAGUUCUCUACAAUUAUCAAACAAACACGGACGUUCAUACGAUGGUAAAAAUGAACUGCUGGAUGAGGACGGAAGUUAUCGAAGAGAAAGUGGUUUUAUAGAGUCAUCAUGUUCAAAUAAUAUACAAAACGAAUCACAGAUAAUGUUGGACCAACAAGGCAAUCUUCGUAUAAUUGUUAAAAAAAUUAAACCUUUGCUUGGGAUUGCAAUUGAAGGAGGAAUCAAUACAAAACAUUUACUUCCAAGGAUAAUAAAUAUACACGAAAAUGGUGCUGCAUACGAAGCUGGUGGUCUUGAAGUUGGUCAAUUGAUCUUAGAAGUCGAUGGCCAAAAAGUUGAAGGAAUGCCUCAUCAAGAAGUAGCCAGGCUCAUCGCAGAAUCUUUUGCACAAACUGAUAAAUCCGAAAUCGAAUUCCUUGUAGUUGAAGCAAAGAAAUCGAAUUUGGAACCGAAACCUACAGCACUGAUAUUUUUGGAGAGUUAACCGGUUGAAAAACCCUAAUGAUGAUAUAAAUUCCUGUUUAUUAAGUACAAUGAUGGAUCCUAAUAACGUAACGACAAUUAACAUACUAUAUAGUGUCAAACACGCAACACUACGUUUGUUUGAAUACAUUUAUUUAUUUGAUUAUUUAUAUUUAUCUACUAUAAAUUACAAGAUGACGUGUUAUUGAUUCAACUUAAAAAUAAAAUUUCAUAUUUAAGUAUUUUUAUC